AUUUCGACUCAUUUAGCAAAAAUCAGAGAAACGUAUAACUAGUGUGUAGUUCACACAAGAGAGAAAUAAAAAAAAAAAAACAGUAUAUAAAAGACAAUAUUAAGUAAAGAUUUUUAAAAAUAUAGUGAAUUCUAUAACUGUGAUUAAUAGAAAUUCGUGUAGCAGCUAAAUUUAUAAGUUUAUUGAUCAGUAAAAGUAAACUUAGAAGGAGAAUUUUAACAAGCAGCUGCCAAACUAAUAAAGUUAAGUGCGCGGCGCUACAGUAAAGCAAAAUGGGAAAAGAUUUCUACAAGAUAUUGGGCAUUGACAAGAAGGCCACAGACGACGACAUUAAGAAAGCGUACCGAAAAUUGGCACUCAAAUACCAUCCGGAUAAGAACAAGAGCCCACAGGCCGAGGAACGCUUUAAGGAAAUAGCCGAGGCGUAUGAAGUGCUCUCAGAUAAGAAGAAGCGCGACAUUUACGAUCAGUAUGGCGAGGAUGGCCUCAAGGGCGGUCCACCCGGCCAAGAGGGAGGCGGUCCAUCGGGCGCUUACACUUAUCAGUUCCAUGGCGAUCCACGUGCCACAUUUGCCCAGUUCUUUGGCUCACAGAACAUCUUCGGUACGGCUGAUCCGUUCGGCCCAUUCUUUGGUGGCGGCUCCGGUGAUGGUACCGAGCAAGUCUUCAUGAACAUUGGCGGCGAUGAGAUGUUCGGCGGUGGCGGCUUUGGUGGCAACCCCAUGGGCGCCUUCCGCUCACAAUCAUUUAACGCACAGGCGCCUAGCCGGAAGCGACAGCAACAGGACCCGCCCAUCGAACAUGAUUUGUAUGUGACGCUGGAGGAGGUUGACAAAGGCUGCACAAAGAAAAUGAAGAUCUCGCGCAUGUCAAUGGCCACGGGCACGGCACGCAAAGAGGAAAAGGUGCUGAGCAUCAAUGUAAAGCCUGGCUGGAAGGCAGGCACCAAGAUCACAUUCCCCAGAGAAGGCGACCAGGCACCACAGAAAGUGCCCGCGGACAUCAUCUUCAUCAUACGCGACAAGCCGCAUUCGCAAUUCAAGCGCGAGGGCAGCGACCUGCGCUACGUCGCGCCGGUCACUCUGAAGCAGGCGCUGUGCGGCACCACGGUGUCGGUGCCGACGCUGCAGGGCGACAGCGUACGUAUACCAAUCAACACGCAGGGCGAGGUGAUCAAGCCCACGACAGUGAAACGGAUUAGUGGGCGUGGCUUACCUUUCCCUAAGGAACCAUCGAGGCGCGGUGAUCUGAUCGUCUCAUUCGACAUCAAGUUCCCCGACUCAGUGUCGCCCAGUUUAAGGAAUAAACUGGCGGAGCUGUUGCCCAACUAAAAUCGAGGCCAUGUUAAGGCUUAACAACCACCUUCUGCGAAAUUUUGUAUAGUAUAUUUUAUAAUUUAAGCUCGUAAUUUUAGUUAAGAAUCCUUAUCCUAAUUAAUAAUGGGAACACAAAAUUCAUUUGUCGGCUUAGGCUUGAGAUGAUGUUUAAGUGUAUAACGAACGCAUAGCAUGCCAAAACUAUGGUUAAGAAUUUCCCUGUUUAUUAUAUAUAUAACUACCUUCCCCACUUAGUACCGAUGUGUAGUUAUAAGUGCAAAUGCGACAUAAGAAUCGAGAUCGCGCGAUAAAAUAAGAUAGAAUACAAAACACUGAUUCACUUACACACCAUAAGAUAGCUGAAAGUGUUUUGAGCUGGAGAGACUGAUCGGUUACCUAAUUAUGUAAAUUUAAAAAUAGAAAAGAAAACACCAAAAUAAAUUAAAUUAUACCAAAAUUGAAACCGUUUCCCCUAAUGUAAUUAUCCACUAAUAAUAUUUGCAUCAAUUCAAACUGUUUUUCCAACAAUAACUGAAAAGAACAAAACACCUCCGCUCUAAAGCACCUGGGCUAUUUAUUAAACAUCAAACAAAAACAAAUAUGAUUAAACUAGUACGUUUUAGUACGAUAAUUAAUUGUAAAAAUAUGAACGAAAAAAGUAUUUAAUAAAUUAAUAUCAAUUAUGUUAA